UUAAAUAGAGGAAGAAUUGAUCCGUGAGGAUUAUCCGAGCAGCCAUGAGGAUGACAGGGGAGAACAGUUCUGGAAACUCGGAAAUAACAAUGGAUGAUGUUAAAAACCUCAUUAAGAAGAAAGAUGACAUUGAGGAGCAGAUAAAAGCUUAUUACGACGUCUUAGAAGACCAAGGUGUCGGAGUUGAAGGUCCCUUGGUCGACGCAGAAGGCUUCCCCCGGGCAGAUGUUAAUUUAUACCAGAUCAGGACAGCAAGACACAAUAUUUCAUGCCUGCAGAAUGAUCACAAAGCCAUCAUGGCGGAGAUAGAAGAAGCCCUGCACAAACUGCAUGCUCGAGAGAAAGCUAAGCGGGAACGGGAUGAGGCGGAGGCCCACGUGGAGGCAAUGGAACAGCAGGUCACCCUGCCUCCUCCAUUUGCACGAGUGGAUGCAGUGACUCAAGGCUCACCUGCCUGUAGAGCUGGGCUCAGCGUUGGUGAUGAAGUCACUGAGUUUGGUUCUGUGAACACACAGAACUUCCAGAACCUCCAGAAUAUUGCUGCUGUGGUGCAACACAGUGAAGGGAAACCAUUACGUGUCACAGUUUUCCGGGAAGGACAGAAAGUUCAGAUGAGCUUGACUCCACAGCGAUGGUCUGGCAGAGGUUUGCUGGGAUGCAACAUUGUCCCAAUCAAUCGGUGAUCACAAUGUGCAGAAUCUCAGCUGUGAAACACUUUUAUGCCACUUGUUACCCUGGAUGCUUUCAGACUAAAUUUGUACAUACUGCAGAAAUUUCCAUGUUUAAUUUUUCCAUAUCUUAAUCAGAACUUGAAACUUUUUCCUUUGUACAAGGACAGCCUUCAGAAAUAUUAGACUAAAAUGUUGCUUCUGUUUGAGUCAAUUUACUGAAUGAUAGCUGAAUAAACAUUGCUUACCUUACA